UUCCUCCCAAUCCGCCUCCCUCGGCCCGGGGACCGGAGCAGGAGGCAGCCAAGGCGGAACUGGAGGAGCCAGCGGCCCGGCACAUGUUGCGCCGGGGUCCCCAGGGCGCCCCGGCCGGCGGAGGCGGCGCGGACCGCGGCGCAGGCAGCUGGGAUUACUUACCACCUGCAUCAUCUUUUCGGAGGCGGCGGCUGGCACGGAGGCCGGGCUACAUGAGAAGCACAGCUGGGCCUGGGAUCGGGUUCCUCUCUCCAGCAGUGGGCACACAGUACUGUGUCCUGGAAGGGGCAGGCAUCCAGGAGUCCCACAACUCAGAGUCCAGUGCUGAAAGCUGUGGCCAGCGGCGAACCCCCAAGGUAGGGACUUCUGUUCCCCAGAGCACAACAGAUCCUCCUGUGACCUCUCUGGGCUGUGUAGGCGGGGCUGUGACCUCUACAAGAGGAACGUCAGCAUGCUCUGGGAUUCAGCUCAGAGCUGAUAGGCUAACUGGGCCAUGUGGCCCUGUGGACACUGGAUGUCAGCAAGAAUUUUCAUCCAUGGACUGUGCUGAGGCCCUGGGCCCCAUCCAGGACGCAGCCUGUGGUGAAGGCACAAGGAGAGCCCAAGAUACAGGCUCUUUGGCACCAACAGAAGUGAGCAGGAACAACCACAGCCUCGGAAACAGCCUCAGUGCCCCUUCAGCCAUUCCUGGCUCGCAGGAUGUCUUUGCCUCAAGCUUUAGUUUCAUUCAGCAGUCGCUCGGCUUUACUGGGGAACGUGGAGAAGCAGAAGGUUGCCUGCCAUCCAGAGAGGCUGAGUCCCCUCAUCAAAGUCCCCGGGAGAUAGAACUCAAAGCCUCCAGCUGGGACACACCCCAUGAGGACCCUCCAUCUCUCUCUCAGUGCUUUGGUCUUCCAGCCCCUGGGGGCUCUGCAGACUUGGCCCAGGUGGUGGGGAGCAGCUGCUGCCCAGAACAUGAGAUGCUUCCUUCCGUGGACACGGCCCCUGGCUGCUCCUGUUGCCCAGCACCCUCGCUGGCUGACUGUCAUGGUGAAGAGCACAGUGGCUCAGCGAAUGCCCACUGCUGGACGGCACUGCUCAGCAAGUGGGAGCCUGCACUGCUGGACUGCCUGUCAAGCAACCAGAGGAAGCUAGAGGUGACAUCCUUAAGAUUAAAGCUUCAGAAACUUCAAGAAAAUGCAGUUCAGGAUGAUGAUUAUGAUAAAGCUGAGAUACUACAACAAAGAUUAGAAGACCUGGAGCAAGAGAAAAGCAGCCUGCACUUUCAGCUCCCUUCCAGACAACUGGAUCUCAGCAGCUUCCUGAGACACUUGGCAGCCCAGGCCCAGGCUGCCUUGCACCAGGCCAUCCAACAGGCCAGCAGUGACAACACCCAGGCCAGAUGCAGAACAGAUCCAAGCCUGUUGGAAUCCACUGCUCAGGAAAACCUGUGCAUGUCCCUCACCAGGCGAGACUGGCUUCUGCAGGAAAAGCAGCAACUACAGAAAGAAAUUGAAUCUCUCCAAGCAAGGAUGUCUGUGCUGGAAGCAAAAGAUCAGCAGCUGCGACAGGAAAUAGCAGAUCAAGAGCAGCAACUCCAGUGGCAGGGCUGUGAUUUGAUGUCCCUGCUGGGCCAGCUGUCCCCUGGCCAGCUGCAGGACAUUAGCAAAGCCUUGCGGGAUACCCUGGACUCAGCCAAUCAGGUUCCUUUCUGUGUGGAGCCACCUGAAACCAUAAAGAGCCUCCAGGAUAGGAUACAAUCCCUCAACUUGUCACUUAAAGAAAUCACUGCUAAGGUGUGUAUGAGUGAGAAACUCUGCGGCACUCUGAGGAGGAAAGUGAACGAUAUUGAAACCCAACUCCCAGCACUGCUUGAAGCGAAGAUGCUUGCUGUGUCAGGAAACCACUUCUGUAUAGCUAAGGACCUCAUGGAGGAAAUUAGAUUGUUAGCAACAGAGAGAGACGUGCUGGAGGGAGUCCUCAACAAGCUGUUGAUGCUGAGUUCCAGGAAUGUCCAAAAGUUGAGAAAACUUAAAGAAGAUUACACCAGACUGAGCAGAGAACUAGAGCACCUGGAAACUGCCUAUGAAGCAGGUGUGAAGGAAAGUACUGUGAAAUACAUGGCAGUCCUUGAGGAUAAACUAGGCAGCUGCAAGUGUCCCCUGCUUGGAAGAGUGUGGGAAGCUGACUUGGAAGCUUGUCGACUGCUUAUUCAGAGUCUGCAGCUACAGGAAGCCAAAGGCAGCCUGUGUGUGGAAGAUGAGGGGCAGAUGGGUGACUUAGAAGGAGCUGCCUGGGCAGUGGCUCCCAGUGUCCCUCCCAGUCCCCACUCUGAAGAUGAGAGGACGACCCUUCUGCAAGCUGACCAAGAGUGGAAGGCUCAUCAUACCCCCUCCCCUCUAUGCAGAGGAGGCGAACAAAAAGAGGAAUCUCACAUUGUUUCUGCAGAACUUGAAGAAAAAUGUGAAGCCAUAGGCAAGAAGUUACUGUACUUAGAAGAUCAACUUCACACUGCCAUCUACAGUCAUGAUGAGGAUCUCAUUCAGUCUCUCAAGAGGCAGCUCCAGAUGGUUAAGGAGACGCUGCAGGUCAUGAUCCUGCAGCUCCAGCCAGAAAAGGAGGCAAGAGAAAGAGAGGCUGCAGUUUCCUGCACAACAGCUGGUGUCCGGGAAGCACAGGCCUGAGACGAGGGGGUUGGGGAAGGAGGGGACCACCACGUCAUCAGCGCAAACUCAGGGAAACUGCGUAUCCCCCCCAGCAUAACCAAUAUGUCUGAAUCAAUUAUGGAAAUGUGGAGUCCAGCGGGCUCCCAGUGGUAAGGUGGUCACCAUUUAUUCUUGGCAGGGGACCGGGGUCGGGGUGGUGGGUGUGAUCAGGGAGUCUGCAAUUUGGAAUAAGGAGAUGGGGGGUGAUGAGCUGAAUUUCCUUUUAAAUGUCAUUCAGAGGUUCCUUUACCACGUCAUGCAUGAGAGCCCUACACAGGAUUCAAAAAUGUUUUCAUUUCAGCCCCCAGAAGAGGAAAGUUGGGAUCAAUUCUGUUGGAGAAGCAUCUUUUUUUCCUGUACCAUUUGCUUUGUGCUACAAGGAAAAUGCUUUCUAAUUCAAGCACCUGUAAAAAGGAAACCAAAAUGAAAGACUCUGUCACCAAGCCUGUUACAUUUUCCUCCAGGUGCAUGAUCUAAAUCAGCUAAUGAGCUGGUGUCAGGAAUUAACAGCUUUUCACCCCUCUCCUGGGAGUUACCGUUGUCUCCGAAAAAUUUAUGUGAAGUGUCCAAACAGUAUUUCUUUUCUUUUCUUUUUCUUUUCUUUUUUUGACAGGCAGAGUGGACAGUGAGAAUGACAGACAGAGAGAAAGGUCUUCCUUUGCCGUUGGUUCACCCUCCAAUGGCCGCCGCGGCCGGCACGAUGCGGCCGACACACCGCACUGAUCCGAAGGCAGGAGCCAGGUGCUUCUCCUGGUCUCCCAUGGGGUGCAGGGCCCAAGCACUUGGGCCAUCCUCCACUGCACUCCCUGGCCACAGCAGAGAGCUGGCCUGGAAGAGGGGCAACCGGGACAGAAUCCGGUGCCCCAACCGGGACUAGAACCCGGUGUGCCGGCGCCGCAAGGCGGAGGAUUAGCAUUGUGGGCCGCGGCGCCGGCCCAAACAGUAUUUCUUUUAAGUAGCAGCCUCUCAGUGAUGUGCAGCCGUUCCAUUUUCCAUCUGUGGCAAGGACAGCAUCAACAGAAAGCAUCCAUCAGAGUGUUUAGGUGAACGGGACAUUCGGAAGUUCACCCAGAGUGAGGGAAGGAGAGGAGUGGGAGGCAUGGAUGGACCAGGAGCCAUGUGAAGACAUUUGGGCCUCUCUUUUCCUUCUCACUCUGUUUUCCUCAGUACCAGGCAGAUCAUGGGCAAGGAGACCCUCAGUGAAGUACUAAGUAAUGCAGUGUAGUACUCAGUAAGGCAGUAGAAUGCUCAGUAAGAUAGUAUAGUACUCAGUAGGAAAGUACAGAACUCAGUAACAUAGUGGAACACUGAGAAGCAGAGUGCAGUACUCAAUUUAGCAGGACAUGAUGGGCCUAUCGUCCACUCCUUUGGCUCGGCUGGGACCGCUGCUGUGGCAGCUGCAAAGUAGGCUGGAUACAGUCAGGCACUAAAGAAAGCAGCACCAAUCCCAUGUUGUACAGCACUGCAUUCUCUAGGAAAUUUGUAUUGAAACACUGAUUUACAUCACUUACAUUUGUGUCUUAGAGACCAACUUUUUGUUCUGCAGAAACAAACAAGUUUCUUUGCAACAAACUUUUCAUGUUGACUUUAGUAACUGCCACAGUUUGGUAAGAUUAUUAGACUAAAAGAUCUUCUUAGGCUUCUGUUCUUAUUUUCAUGUAAACGAAUAGUGAUGUUCCUGCUCUCAUUAGAGAGCUGAGACAUGAUGGACAUGGGACAACUUUUGCCAUUUCCUGAAGUCACAUUGUCAUUUCCAGAAGGCAUCUAGUACUUUGCUAAGUCUUCCACGCCAUGUAAUACUCCUGUCCUCGGUCAAGGAGAUUCACCUGUUUAAGCCAGGGUCCAAAGAAUGAAGCAAACGCAUAGUAUGUGAAUUUGCUGAUUGUAUUUCCUACAGUUUUAUGCUGAGCGUUUUUGAUAAUGUUCUAUGCAUUUUAGUAGUAAUUGUGUUCCUGGAUUUAGUUUUCAAUGAUGGACCGAAUUCCAGAAUUAUUUGUAAUUGUAUAUUAUUAACGGGUCGUGUAGCACUUGGAAUCCUGGUCUCUAUUAAUUAAUCUCAGUUAAGCAAAACUUGAGAAGAGUCAGGAUUGAAUAUAUUGCCAACAACAAUAUAUGCUUUCAAAAGCAUCCUAGACUCAAGACAUCUUAGUCACUAAGUCAAGUGUUUUGUAUUACUCAGACACCAUUAUAAAGUAAUUCUGAGAAGUCGUGAUAGUUGCAAAAAUUCUGAAAGCUAAAAACUGCUUGAAUGUGCUCUGAAUAAGGCUUCUUUGGUGCCUCCAGUGGAUAUAGCAUAUUCAUUUCUUUGCUGACAUUCCUGGCCAUACUUAAGUAUUGGGCCAGGUGAGUGAUGCCUUGGGCACGUGCUCUAAUUCCUCUCUGGUCUUUACUUGGUCUUGGAUUAUCAUCCAGGAAGCCUGCUAUAGGCAAAGAUGUGUCCUCAGCCUCUGAUCUUUCUCAGGAAAACCUCACACUCUUCAGUCCCUUGACCUUGAAGACCCAAGACCAUGUAUCCCCAAAGAGAUGAUAGGUCAGGAUUUUGUUUUUUUUGUCAAAGUAACAUAAACAUAUCCAAGAAAGGUUAGGGCUAAAAUAUAAGAGUAAUACAACAGUGACCAGCGCUAUGGCAUAGCAGGUAAAGCUGCCACGUGCAGUGCCAGCAUCCCAUAUGGGCGCCAGUUCGAGUCCCAGCUGCUCCACUUCUGAUCCAGCUCUCUGCUAUGGCCUGGGAAACGAUGGAAGGUGGCCCAAGUCCUUGGGCUUCUGCACCCACGUGGGAGAUCUGGAAGAAGCUCCUUGCUCCUGGCUUCAGAUUGGCGCAGCUCCAGCCAUUGUGGCCAUCUGGGGAGUGAACCAGCGGAUGGAAGACCUACCUCUCUCUCUCUCUCUCUCUCUCUCUCUGCCUCACCUUCUCUCUGUGUGUUAACUCUGACUUUCAAGUAAAUAAAUAAAUCUUUAAAAAAAAAAGUAGUAGAACAAACUAAUAAAAAUUGGAGACAACCAAGACCCAAGCAAAAGUGCAUAUUGAAAAUGGUGCCUUGAAUUCUGAUUUCACUGUUCAUGGUGUGUGAGAAUCAGUGAAAUUCUACACUGUCCACCUUUGCUAGGAUGCUGGCCUUCAAAUGGUCACCUGUUCCUCUUCCAGCAUCCUGAGUUAGAGCAUGUUCUCCAUCAGUGAAAGUCCCAGUGCCUUCCAGCUUCUGAAAUUUCAAGAAUGAAUUAACCCUUCAUCAAGUCAAAUUAGGGUUCUCCACCAUAGACACAUGCAUGGGUCAGUACAGCUGUGAUAGCCUGUAGCCCUCAUCUGCUGUAGAUCUCGUCUGUAAUGAUGUCUGCAAUCGCCACAGCAAGGUUGAUGUUUGUAAGUGACACGACUGAGCCUGAGGAAGACAUAAUUCUGUUUUUCUCAAGGCAAAGAGCUUGGGGUAAAGUGAGAGUAAACCUCACAGUCAGAGACAGGCAGCAAGUUCUUAACUAAUGCUCUUCCUAAAGUGCCUUCAAUGUCUUUUUGGGACUGUGACCAUGGAACUUGCCUGGUUAAGAACACCCAGACUCCUUAGGGAUCUCUCCUGGAGAGUUAGAAAAACUGAGCCAAAAGCAAACCAGGUUUCCCACGUCCCCCAGGUGAGCCCCACUGUGAAGCCUAGGCGUGGGCAGGCUUCAAGAAACCUACCCACCAUACCACCAUCCUAACCUGAACAUUCCUCAUCUACCCAAAAGCCAUCCCAGAAACAACACUCACAGUCCAACACUGGGCAGAUUUUACAGGAGGUCCCCAUUCAACUGGUGUUUCUCAGAAGGCAGUCAAUUCUGUACUGUGGAGAGGAACAGCCAUGCACUCACUGGUCAAUGCCUUCUUAUUUAUGUAAUUAAAUAUGUUUAUUUUUAAUAUCCUCACUUUACCUAAUCUUUGGAUUUUAUCAUGUAAUUUAUUACUUCAUUAAGUUUAUUUUUUGUCACAUGAAUUUAAAACUGAUAUUCAAGCAAUGGUGCACCUUGAGGAUUCUUUAUCUUCUGGAAUAUGGAUGAUAGAAAAACGUAUCGGGUUUAUUCACCUCAUUUUUUUGUUGCAGGAUGAUUAAUUGUACCUUUACUUAUAUCACACAAAAUGUCGUAAAACUAUGCUUCAAAAUUGUGUAUAUAUUUACUUUCAGAUAUCAAUAAAUCAGAAAAUCAUGGAAUUUUCUAUUCCAGACUCCUUUAUUGAAGAACUUGAAAAUAGCAUUACUACUCAAGUUGAUAACAAGACAAGGGUCCCCACUAACACCACUGAAAAUAUUUUGCUGGAGAUAUUGGCCAAUUUAGUUAGGCAAGAAGAAUGUAUAAGGCUCACAACUUGGAAAUAGGAGAUACAACUUUCAUAUGUACUAAUGAUGAUGUCAUUGUAAGCUAGAAAAUCUAAGAAAAUUAGCAGAAAAAAUGUUUACACAGUUAACAUAUCCAAAUCAACAGCUUUUAUAAAUGCAAAUGCUAAUCAGAAUAUACAGCAUAAAAGAAGACCCCACUUUCAACAGCAAGAAAAGCAGAGAGAAAGCAGCUGGGCAUAAAUUUCAAUAAGAAUGUUGAAUCUUUGCUGAAGGGAAGUUCAAGAAGGAUGCAAGAGAAGAGUUGAAUACACAAAAAGACAUGGAGCUUUGGAUGGGUAAGUCAUCAUUAAUUGUCAAAUCUCCAUGAACUAAUUUACAAAUAUUUCCUGACCCUAACUGGGGCCUAGAUAUCUGGAUAGACACAAGAUCCAUUCUUUUCUCCAUCCCUUCUAACAAAACCCUAGUUAGGUACAGAGGUGACGGAUAUGCAUGUGAGGAAUCAGAUGGACAUUUGCAGCCUUGUUGGUAAGAACAAAAAUGGCAAACAACCUUAUGUUUAUCAAUAAGGGAUUAUUUAAAUACACAACAACCACACUAUGGGAUAUUUUUUAGUGCUACAAUAUCUUCAUUUACAUACAUGCUCGUAUUUGAGAACUGUCAUAGGAAAGUGAUCCCAGUGACUAUCUUAGUCCAUUUUUUGCUAUAUAACAGAAUACCUGCGACUGAGUAAUAUAUGAAGAACAAAAAUGUAUUCCUCAAAGUUCUUGAGGCUGAAAAGUCCAACACCAAGGUGCCAGCAUCUAGUGAAGACUUUCUUGCUGUAUUAUCCCAUAGAGGAAGGCAAGGGCCAAGAAAGCAUGAAAGAGCAGGAGAGCAAGAGGGAGCCAAAUUCUCUUGUAUAACAGGCUCACUCUCACAAUGACUAACGGGCUCUUAAAAUAACCAGUACACUCCUGUGAUUACAUGAAUCCAUUAUUCAGGGCAUAGGCCUCCUGACCCAGUCACCUCUUAUUAGGCCCCACCUCCCAGUGCCAUUGCAUUGGGGAUUAAGUCUCCAAUACUUGAGCUUUGAGGAAUACAUUCAAACCAUCGCUGUGACUUAUAAUAAUGGGCAAGAAAUUUCCUUUUUUGUAUUUACAGUUUUUCUUUUAGAAGAUUGCUAUUAAGUGCAUACCUAUUCAAAAAAUAAAACCAAUUCUUUAAGAAAAAACCAUAAUGUGGACAAGGAGUAUGGGCCCCUUGAGUAGGACAGGACGCAGAGGCUACCCAGGUCUUCUUUGUAUUGAUGUAAGAUUCAUCCUCUCACCCACUGUAUGUCCAGAAUUGUGCAAGGGAAUAUCCCAGUUACUGAUGAUAAAAGACAGGUAUGAUUUAAUAUGACCGAAUGAUUUGAAAGUCUGAAAGAAAUGACUGAUAAUUUUCAUUUUACUUUAAAUCAUGAACUUAUGUAAUGAGUAUUGAGUAUGUAUUGAGAAGCAGAAAGAGACAGAAGGCAAGCAAGAAUUUCCAUCUACUGAUUCACUCCUCCAAAUAUCUGCAACAGAAAGCCAGGAGCCAGGAACCAGGAACUGAAUUGAGGUCUCCCACGUAGGUGGCAGAAUUUCAUUCACUUGAGUUGUCACCACUGCCUCAGAGGGUUUGCUUUGCAAAAAGCUGGAUUCAGGAACAAGAAGUAAGUAUUAAACCCAUGAAUUCUGAUAUGGGAUGUGGGUAUCUUAAACACUAGAUCAAACACUCAACCUCACUAUCAUCUUAAAGGCAAGAGAUCCAGUUUCCCCAGCAUCAUUUGUUAAAGAAGCUGUCCUUGCUCCAGGGGUUACUUUUAGCUCCUUUGUCAGAGAUAAGUUUGCUGUAGAUGCCUGGAUUGAUUUCUGGAGUUUCUAUUCUGUUCUGUCCUAUAGGGCUACCCGGUCUGUUUUUGUGUCAGUGCUAAGCUGCUUUGAUUAUAACUGCCUGCAGUAUGUCUUGAAAUCAGUUAUUGUGAUGCCUCUGGCUAUGUUUUUGUUGUAUAAGAUAGCUAUUUGGGAUCUCUUGUGUUUCCAGGUGAAUUGUAGCAUUAUUUCUUGUAUAUCUGCAAAGAAUUUCAUUGGUAUUUUGAUUGGAAUAUCAUUGAAUAUGUAAAUUGCUUUUGGUAGUAUGGACAUUUUGAUGAUGUUGCUUCUUCCAAUCCAUGAACAUGGAAGAUUUUUCCAGUUUUUAAUGUCUUGUUCUAUUUCUUUCUUCAGUGUUUUGUAAUUGUCAUCAUAGAGGUCAUUGACAUCCUUGGUUAAAUUUAUUCCAAGGUAUUUAAUUCUUUUUGGAGCUAUUGUGAAUGGAACUAAUCUUAAAAGUUCUUUCUCAGCCAUAGCAUUGUCUGUGUAUACAAAGAGUAUUGAUUUUUCCCUGACCUGAGGUAACUAAUAGAGUACCUAAAAUGUAAUGUAUUGGCAUGAAAUGGACAUUUUUGCAAUUCAAUGAUUGUUUAUAGCCCUUGCCCCUUCAGUUGAGGAUCCAUGUUUUUUUUUUUAUUGAACUUUUUUACUUAGUGUAGGGUUAACUAUAUGAUCAUUAAGUAAACUGAAAAUAAAUCUUUGCAAAAAUUAAGAGUGGGAAUGAGAAAGGGAGGAGGAAGAAGGGUUGGAGUGUGGGCAGGAAGGAGGGGGGAGUAUCUCUACGUUCCUAAAUCUGUAUAUAUGAAGUACAUAAAACUUGUAUACCAUAAAAAAAAUUUUUUAAAAAGGCAAGAGAGCCGGCGCCGCGGCUCACUAGGCUAAUCCUCCGCCUAGCGGCGCCGGCACACCAGGUUCUAGUCCCGGUCGGGGCGCCGGAUUCUGUCCCGGUUGCCCCUCUUCCAGGCCAGCCCUCUGCUGUGGCCAGGGAGUGCAGUGGAGGAUGGCCCAAGUGCUUGGGCCCUGCACCCCCUGGGAGACCAGGAAAAGCACCUGGCUCCUGGCUCCUGCCAUUGGAUCAGCGCGGUGCGCCAGCCGCAGCGCGCAGGCCGCGGCGGCCAUUGGAGGGUGAACCAACGGCAAAGGAAGACCUUUCUCUCUGUCUCUCUCUCUCACUGUCCACUCUGCCUGUCAAAAAAAAAAAAAAAAAAAAGGCAAGAGGUGAAUUUUGUAUUCAUUCUUUCUUGAACAACUAUGCCUUGUGGUUUUGUACUAAAUAUUUGGCACUCAGGAAACCUAGCUCUUGUUUCCUGAGUUAGAGAAUUCAGUCAGGCCUCCUUCUUCAAACACUGGGCCAAAAAGACUCACAAGUUGAUAGUGUUGUGCAUGGAGAGUUGGAAAAUAUGUCACAUUCUGUACUUCAUUGUCCCUUAGGGACUGUUCAUGCAAUCAGUGUUGUAUUCAAUUUUAGGAAUGCUUUCACAUGUACAUGUCACAUACACUUCCCACUGUGGAAAAGAAGUUGAAACAGAAGUUUAACAUCAGAGAAGUUAUAACCAACAUGAUGGAUGACCCAGAAAAUAGUUUGACUUUCCUCACUAUUACUACAGACAAAACAACUUUUCAGAUCCAUUAGAGCCACAGUCUUUAUCGCAAGAGUAAAACCUCUUCCUGUUAUCUACUCAUUCACUCAAGAAACAUCUUUUGAGGAGCGGAUAUUUGGUGCAGUGGCCAAGGAUGCUACCUGAGUUGCCCGUAUCUGAGAUCAGAGUGUUUAGGGUCAAGUCCCUACUCAGUUCCAACUUCUGGGUUCCUGCUAAUCAGUACCCAGGAAGAUAGCAGGUGAUGGCUCAAGUACUUGGGUCCCUAUCUGCCGCCUACAUGGGAGACCUGAUUGAGUUCCCACCUCCCAGGCAUUCGGGGGAGUGACCCAGGGUUUUGGAAGGAAGGUAUCUCUGUGUAAUUCUCUCUCUCUCUCCCCCCUCCUAAAAUAAAUAAACUUUAAAAUAAACAUUUAUUAAAUUAUUAUAAAAGCUGUUCUUUCCAAAGAUGAAUGAAUUUAUGAUCAAAGAGGCUUAAAUACUUAGUGAAAAUAUUGAAGUAAUGAAAUAUUUGAGUGUCAAUAGAAAUAAAACUCUUACUAUCAAAUCUACAUAAUAGGGCAUUAACAUCCCCCCAUCCAUACACACACACACACACACACACACACAGAGCAGGUCAGUUGAUGUUGAGCAGUGAUUAUUUAAUGAUUUUUUGUUUCCUAUAUGAUUUUUAUUCAUAACCAGAAAAUUUGGUAAGAAUUAUAGUACAACUAGUUCACCUACUACAUAACAGAGUGCCUGGGAUCAAGCCCCACCUCUGCUUUAGAUCCAGCUUCCAGCUAAUGCCUCUCUUGGGAAGGAACACGUGAUGAUUCAAGUAUUUGGGGUCCUGUCACUCAAGGGGAGACCCGUAUGGAAUUCCUGGCUCCUGGCUUCAGCCUGACCCAGCCCCAGCAGUUGUGGACAUUUGUCAAGUAAACCAGCAGAUGCACUCUCUCACUCUCUCUCUCUCUCUUGUUCUGCCUUUCAAAUAAAUAACAAUAAAUAGAUAAACUUUUUAAAAAGAAAAGAAUUGUUUAAAAGAUUCAAGUGUAACCUAGUAUUCUGCUGUUUCUAGGCUUUGUCCUUACAAAGACAUUUUCACCAACUGUGGCCAGCACACUUCUUAUUAUUCUUUUUAUGCUUUGUAUUAUGAUAUUUUCCAUUUUGAUACAUAAUCAUUAUAGGAAUUUUUAUUGCUGCAUAAUAUUCUAUAAAAUUGAUCUACCAUAGCUUAGGUAUUCUCAUGAAAUUGGACAUUAUGUUUACCUAAUAUUGUGCUACUACAUAUAAUGCUGCAAUGCCAUUUUCAGACAAAAGAGUUUUUCUUUUCCUUUGAACUAUGUUCUCAGGAAGAAUUCCAAGGAGAGAAAAUAUUAAAACAAAGGGUAAGAAAGAAUGGCUCAAUUGAAAGGAAAUUUGUUGGGGAUGGCGCUGUGGCGUAGCGGGUUAAUGCCUUGGCCUGCAGCGACGGCAUCACAUAUGGGUGCCAGUUUGAGUCCCGGCUGCUCCACUCCCCAUCUAGCUCUCUGCUAUGGCCUGGGAAAACAUAGUCCUUGGGCCCCUGCAGCCACGUGGGAGAACUGGAAGAAGCUCCUGGCUCCUGGCUUCAGAUCCCUGCAGCUCCAGCCGUUGCGGCCAAUUGGGGAGUGAACCAGCGGAUGGAAGACCUCUCUCUCUCUCUCUCUCUCUCUCUCUGCCUCUCCUCUCUCUGUGUAACUCUGACUUUCAAAUAAAUAAAUAAAUCUUUAAAAAAAAAAGAAAGGAAAUUUGCCUAGAGUGAGAAUUGAAUAUAAUAACCCUACCUGCAAGCUGGCCUUUCCUUUACAGCGAGAAUUCUCAAACAGGUAUCAGUUGGCAUAAUUGAUUUUGUGAUAUUCCUGUUCAUCAUGAGUAUAUCCAUCAUAAUCACAUCAGGCAAUUCACAGCUGGACAAUCCCUACCAUUUAAAAUGAGCAACUUCGGUUCGAUUUCUAGCUGCUCCACUUCUGAUCCAGCUCUCUGCUAUUGCCUGGGAAAGCAGUAGAAGACGGCCCAGGUCCUUGUGAUCCUGCAUCUGUGUGAGAAACCUGGAAGAAGCUCCUGGCUCCUGGCUUCAGAAUGGUCAAGCUCUGGCCAUUGCAACCAUUUGGGGAGUGAACCAGCGGAUGGAAGUCUCUCUCUCUCUCUUUCUCUCUCUCUCUCUGGUUCAGCCUCUGCCUCUCUGUAACUCUGCCUUUCAAAUAAAUAAAUAAAUCUUUAAGAAAAAUUAAAAUAAGCAACUUCGACUUUGCAGUUAUAUCUUAUGGAUCUCUUUUGACCUUGCUCUUGGGUCUAAAUCUUUGCUAUUUUGUCUCCAGAUUAAAAGCAUGAGGCCACAGAGGAAUUCAGCAUUUAAAUACUACAGGAGUCUGAAGCUGAGAUGGUCCCAAAUAGUGUCCAGUGUGAGCAGACAAUGAAGGCAGACUGCAUGGAGAUCAGGAAUCGAAAAUGGGAAAGCAGGGGAAAGGAAAACACAUCAAAAAGAAGAUAUGAAGCCUUAAAUAAUUUAAGAGCCCAAAACAACCAGCAGCCAAGAGAGAAAAGUGGAGUGGAAACUCCAACGUAAGGAAGUGCUGGAGGGAUCUACUUGUAAGGCCACGUGGUUACAAAGUGUGAGCACAAUUUGCUCUUUAGCACCUGGUUGAAAUAAAAACACUCACACACACUCAUACUUACAUAUUUCUCUGUGGAUUACUUUUCAUGUAAAUACACGUGGUUUGGCAUUUUCAGUUCCUUGAGCUUUACAGUAUCCCAUUGGAAUUGCUUAAUCAUUCUCUACUGUAGUUUCCAAUCAUGGCUCGGGAGAGGGUUGCACAAUUUUGGGUAAAUAUCAUGAAGGUUCAAGGAGAAAAGUGAUCCUAGAGAAAGCAGACUGAGUAAUCAGUGAGGGCAAUCAGCAUUAAUACAACCCAUUGAAUUUUUCUCAAGCAUAAGUUAAACAACUUUGCCACAUGGAGAGCAAUUUUAUAAACUGUGGAGGGAAGUCUGUAAGUUGAUAUUAAUUGCGGAUCUAAAUAAAUCUUGCUGAAAUGGAGUAACCCACUGCAGCACUGUAAAGCUGGCUCAUUGUCUAUGAAGAAGAACGUAACUGAGACUCAUGAGGUUUUUCUGAAGCGCUGACAGCAGUAGAGAAGACAUCUCAGUGUCUUUACCCUGACGUUACUGAUAUUUAUCCCUACCAGAUACGCGAAUCCAGUAACCCAUUCACUUUUAACAUCUUUGUUAGGUUUUAAAAACUUCAAAUUGUGGUAAAACAUAUGUAACAUAACGUUGAUCAUCUUACUCAUGUGUAAGUGUGUAAGUCAGAAGUGUUAAGUACAUUCAUGUUGUCAUACAAUGAGUAUCUUGUUCUUGUUAAACUGAAACUCUAUAUCCGCUUAGCAACAAUUCAGUGGCUAGUUUUAUUAUCAUUGUCUAGUAAGCAAUGUAUAAGUAAUGACAGGAUGGCUUGCCCUUAAAAGUUAAUUUUAACUAUUUUAUAGUACAAAAUCAAUCUUUGUGCAUAAUAGAAAAUUGUCAGAUAUAGAUCAAAAAGAAAAAUAAUACAUGACUCAGCAGUAAAUAUUAGCAUCUCUAUUUGGAGACUUUUUCUAAGCAAAAGUAAGAUAAUGGUGGGGCGGUCAUUGUGGUACAGUGGUCUAAGCCUCCACUUACCCAUGCAUCCCACAGCGGAGCACCAGGGAUCAAGUCCUUCCUCUACUUCCCAUCUAGUUUCCUGCUGAUAAGCACCCUAGAGAGCUGUGGGUGACAAUUCAAAUACUUGGUUCCUGCUACCUUUGUGGGAGAUUGAAAUUAACUUCUAGAAUCCCAGCUUUGGUCUGGCCUAGCCUUGUCUGUUGUGAGCAUUUGGAAAGUGAACCAGCAAAUGGGAGAUUCUCUCCCUCCCCCCCACUCCUGUUGCUUUGCUUUUUAAAUAAAUACAAGUAAGUAUUUUUUUUCAAAAAGUGGAAUUGUGCUUCUGUACCUUUUCCUUUUUUUUUUUUUUUAGAAUAUGUCUUGAAUAUCUUUCCAUGUUAAAAUAAAAUAGAGAUCUUGCUUCUUUAAUGCUUUCAUAGUAUGCCAUGACAUGGAUGUACCAUACUUCAGCCAACAUCAUUAAGCUGCCCCUUCUUUUGUGAACAAUUUGAUGCAUGGCUUUCUAACAAAUAUAUAUAUUUUUUGA